AUGGUAGAGAUCGAGUUCCUGCUCGUGAAACCCGCACCGGGGACUGAAUCUCGCCGCGCACAAGAGUUGCGAAUCGCAGCGGCACGCUCUCACGCAGCACGAGUGACCCACCACAGAGCCAGACAGAGGAAGAAAGAGCUCCGGGAGGAAGAAAUUGAUGAUAGAGAAGAGGGUUUCGAGUACGGUUGCUGCUACCAUUCGUCCUCAAAGACGGCAAAUAAUGGCAAGGCUUUAUCGCGGUGGAUCCAAACACAAGGUGGUGGUCCUGCUUCCCGCAACCGAUUGGUAUGGGCUCGUGAGAACCAUGACAGGUCUCCUGGUUGCUACUCUCCCGAGGAUGUCGUUCAAUCGACAGUUUUCUUGGGAACAAUUCUCAGCCAGGGCAGGCAGGACCCUUUCGGAUCAUACGAUGGCAGCAAUCUCCCCUGCCGAUUGCUUUCUGUCUUAGAAAAUGCUUACGAAGUUGUCUGGCCGAAGAUGGUGCAAUCUGAGGGUGAUCAGCUGGCUGUGGCAAAGAAGGCUUGGAGACAGGCGGCUGUCCAGUAUCCUUUUCUUUUUCACUGCCAAGUCAUGGGUGCAGCUGGAGCUGCCUUGAGUCUUUGUGAAGAUGAAGUGGCUGCCAGAUAUCUUUCUCUGAAGCGGCUUGAGCACCAAAUGAUCGCCAUCAAGCUCAUCCGCGAAGAACUGCAUUUGAUCAACAGUGGAAGGUCGGAGCCAUCAGAUGAGCUGAUCAUGGCGAUUUUAAAUCUCGUCACGUCGUCGGGAGACGUCAACGAGGCGCCUGGAGACGAGGUUCACCCAAAGUCGCCGCUCGCACAAGCUCAGCCAGUCGGGAGGGUGAAAUUGAAUGACACCCAUCUUCAAGCUGUGCAUAUGCUCAUCAAACGCAAAGGUGGACUGCAGGGGUUGCAAUCAUAUGCUUUGGGAUAUAUGAUCGAAGUUGUUGACAUUUACGUGGCCACCCUGAGAGGCAGUCGGCCGCUGUACCCUUGGCUUCAUGGGUCCCAGGACCUCGUCGCCAUGGGGAAACAUAUUCCAGACAAACACGCAACAGACUUGUCCGCUGUCUUGGGGACCGGCCUAACGGUCCUAGCCACCGUUGAUGUCGAGCUGCAUCAGCUGUAUCUCGAGGCCUGCCAAAUCACGAUCGCCCUAGACCAGUAUCACCGAGACGCAAAAGGACACCCUUCUUUAUCCGAUCUGGUGGACGCCAGAAACAAAACUCAGCACGGCUUCUGUAGCCUUGCCCCUUCGACAGAUUCAGAGACAGAUCCUUUUGCCGCCCUUUACGAGACAUGUCGGCUUGCUGGUCUGAUCUUCUCUGAUAUGGUAAUAUUGCCGUUACCACACAACAGCGGCGUCAAACUUCGCCUGGCCCGCCGACUUCGCACAGUUUUAGAGGCUUCUAGCUUGCAGACGAGCUGGAAAUCCGCCGAGUAUGGCAAUUUGUUGAUGUGGGUUGUCUUCAUGGGCACAAUUGCCGCCACCUUCACGAAGGCUCGUGGAUGGUAUUUACAGAAACUGCGGAAUUUGAUCGACCACCAGCAACUGGAUUGGAACGGAUUCAGAGGGCUGAUGAAGACAUUCCUCUGGUGGGACUUUGUGUUUGAAGCCCCUGCCGCGAGAAUAUGGAACGAAAUGAAUGCACCGAGCUUCGAGCGAAAGUCCGACGCCGUUUCCCAAUAA